AUGUUCAACUUGCUCGUGCUCCCGUUAGCCCUUGUGGCCGAAGACUUUUCUUACCACGACGGCGUCCAACAUUUCGUUGCUAAAUUCGUUUUCAAGGCACAGGCUGGCGGAGGCCUUCCCCCAGGGGGGUCGGUUGAGUCAUGCGACUCGUUGCUCCCUCGUCACAUCCACACUGAACCUCAAGGACCCCGCGAAUCACCGUACACAUUUAUCGCUUCUUCCUCGACCUAUUCGAAAGAGAACUCCGUCCACGGCAUUCAGGUUGAAAUCGCCGGCUCAACUUUCAAAGGUUUCAUUGUCGCUGCGAUCGACCCCGAUACCCACAAAAGGAUUGGACGCUUCCAGGAAGUGACAGGAACGCAGCCACUCCCUUGCUCGGCAAUAACUCACUCUGACGGUCAACUCAAGAAGCGGGUGAGCUUGUUGUGGGUUCCACCUAACGACAUACCGAAGGGAAACGUCAUCUUCAUGGCGACUGUCGUCAAAUCUUACAGCAAUUAUUACGCUGGCCUGAUCGCGGCAGUGCCCAUGUAUAAGGCGAUCGCUUGAACAAGGAAAACCGAUGCCAAGCACGGAAAACCGGAGCUUGGCUCCGGAAGAUAAUAAUGACGGCUAUGGAUUCUGACGACAUAGGUAGAUGCAGCAAUUUCUAGGUAUGAGAGAGUUCUAGGUAGACUAGGUAGAUUCCGCGUUCAACUAACAGCAACCCUCAAUACUCUACAUGCAAUCAUUUCACGACGAAUCACAGAUGUUCAUAGGUACAUCUUCGAAAAAAUAAACCGUUCCACGAAGGCUCUACGAAGUAAACAGCGCAAUUGAGAAA